CCUUUUCCUUGGUAUAAGUAACAUAUGAGCCUCCCUAGCAUUGUAUCUUUAUCUUAAAAGAGAUUAAUAAUAAAAACUAUCUUGAGCACGAGCAUCCUUUGAAGCUUGUUGACUUGCAGGAGAAUGAAGACGGUGUAGAAGAAUUCGAUGAGGAGGAGAAGGAAUUGGUUACACAAGAUGAGUUUUCAUGUAUUUAGCUCCAAACAACAUUAAAACACACAUUAGACCCACAUCCUCUUGCCCUCAUUGUGUGUGGCUUCAGUCAGAGUUGCGUGUGUUGUAAAAGACAAAUUAAGGUACCACAUGUUAUUGUAAUGCACUAAUGCUUGUGGGAAGGAAGGAACACAAUGGGAUGGGAUCUUCUAUCUAUGUACCACAUGUCCUAACUUCACCAUCCAUGUGGUGUGGAUUGUAUUUUCCUACCAAAAACUUUGUUAAUUCAAAAGACUACAAUCCACCGCUCACCCUUUCAUAUUCCUUCCCAGAGGCAAAACAAAAGGCUAAAUAUCAUCCUAUAUGCAGAGUUUGUAAUAAUUGGUUUUACGACAAGAAUCUUUGGAUAUACAAAUGCGAGAAAUGUAUUUGUUAUGUACAUCUAGAUUGUGCGACAUCAAGAAGAGAACCAUUUAUGUCCAUUUUGUCUAUUGGUAGAGGUCAAACUAUUAAAAAUUUUGACGAUGUCGACUAUCCUGAUCUUCUGCAUCUCCCUUUUCAUGAUCUAACUUAUAGCAUACCCAAACAUUUGUUUUCCAAAGAAAUUGGACCUACAACUUAUGGUACUGCUGAGGUAAGCAUGCAACAUAUCAAUCAUCAACAUGAUUUAAUUUUAGUUAAUACAGAAAGCAUUGGGUCAACCUCCUCAAAAAUCAAUGACUUGAGCAUUUGCCAUAACCCAAUGAAAAAGACACAACUAUUAUGCAACGGGUGUGUAAGACCAAUCAUGGAGAUGUCGUUCUACACUUGUCGUGCCAAUGAAGAUGAGAAAUGCAACUUUGCUCUUCAUGUAUGGUGUAUUCGGUUGCCAACAAAAGUAGAAAACCACCCAGGUCACGCACAAUAUACCCUUGUUCUAAUGUCAAAUGGCUCAAGGGUGUCCUUCAACACAUUUUAUUGUCGAGUUUUCCACUUAUGGUAGAAACAAGAAUGAGGAUUCAAUUCCAGCUCACAUAUUUCACAAAAGUAUUCACUCUUGUGGUUUUCAAUUGGGAAGUAACUCAAGUGCAUUGGAUGUUUGUCAUAAGGGUGCCUAAUUGUCUUAGGAAGCAACAAAGCACACUCCGAAUGUAAAUUUACAUCACAAAUGCUACAACAGAAACCCAACUUAUAUCUUUCACAAUAUGAAAAAUUUCUGAGAGAUAAGUGACACAUAAGACAAUAUUUUUUGAACCUGCUCCCCUUGACUAUUGAAAGAAGAUGAUUUGGGUGAGAUUCAUGUGUGAUU